UACUGCAUAAUAAGUAUGACAGCACUAAGUCAUCCACCUACAGGAAGAAUGGUACACAAUUUGAAAUCAAAUAUGGAACUGGAAGUCUCACUGGAUUUUUAAGUACAGACACUGUUACGAUCAGUGGCAUUGCUGUACAGGGCCAGACAUUUGCUGAAGCCACAUCACAGCCAGGGAUCACUUUUGUAGCUGCUAAGUUUGAUGGAAUCCUUGGCUUGGGCUACUCUACCAUAUCUGUGGACCGUGUUGAGCCUGUGUUCUACAACAUGGUGAAACAAAAGCUGAUCUCUCAGCCAGUCUUCUCUUUUUACCUAGACAGAGACCCUACUGCAAAGGUAGGAGGUGAGUUGAUCUUUGGUGGCAGUGAUCCAGCUCAUUACAGUGGUAACUUCAGUUAUGAAGCUGUUACAAGGCAGGGCUACUGGCAGUUUAAUAUGGAUGGUUUCAAUGUUGAUGGUAAAAGCACCAGUUUUUGCAAGGGUGGAUGCGAGGCCAUUGCUGACACAGGGACCUCCCUUAUUGCCAUGCCUGCUGCACAGGCCAAGCAGCUGAACACACAGAUAGGGGGGACUCCCAUUGUUAAUGGAGAGUACAUGAUUGACUGCACCAAGAUCCCAUCCCUGCCCACAGUUUCUUUUGUAAUUGGGGGCAAGCCCUUCACUCUGGAGGGCAAGGACUAUGUACUGACGGUAAAAGAGGCAGGCGUCUCUAUCUGUAUCUCAGGAUUUAUUGGCUUGGACAUCCCUCCCCCAGCAGGGCCACUCUGGAUCCUGGGAGAUGUGUUCAUAGGGAGAUUUUACACUGAAUUUGAUAUGCAGAACAAUAGAGUUGGUUUUGCAAAUUCCAAAAACUGAGCAUUCACAGAAAGUGUCCUGUCAUUUAACUCCUUCCUGAACACCCACUGGUAAACAUGCCCACAUACAUGCAUAUUUGUGCACAUACACGCACGCGCACACACACACACAUACACACACACACAUUAGGUUUAUCUCAGAAGUACAACAUUAGAUGAAUUGAGCCAUGCUAUAUACAGACAAGGACAAUAGUGUCAAGGCAAUCUUCACUCUGAGAUAAGAUACCAGCUACUGUUGGACUCUGACUUCACUGAUAGUUUUGGGCCUUGUUAACUCAGUGAUAAUUGUACUGUGAACAGCUCAACCUUGGUCUGACUUCAAAUAAUCCUCCUCUCCUCCCACUAUGUUUGUGUGAUUUAGGUCAGUCACAAGGCUGGAUACUUAACCUUAACAACUAUUGUGCAUUUGUCUUACUUUGCCCUCGUGAUAAGGUGGUAACUUAAAAUCACAUACUCCAUCUGAGAAAAAUGUUAGCAGGGUGUUACAUUUCAAGUUUGUGUAAAUUUAUAAAGUAAGGAUAGUUAAAGUGGAGACUGGAUUUAUUAUCAGCGUUGCCACAGAGUUGAUGAUAUUACUAAGGGACCCCAGUUGUGUUCUGUAGCACACCUAACACAUUUAAUCAGCAUGCACGACUUAUAACAUUCAGUGGUAUAUUUUGGCAAUCUAGUCUGUACCAGUACAUACCAUGGGGCUCAUAUGAUCCUAUGCACAGUGAGAUCAUUGCUGUGAGAUUGACAAGUUUUAUUCAAAAUUAAGGGGUUUGGGUGGUGGACAUGUACAAUUUUCUUUUGUAUGUAUGACAAAUAAUGCACAAGUUCCUCCUAGCCCAAUAUACACAAUAGCAUGCUUCACUAUUGCUCGGCAUGCUAUCGUGUAUAUUGGACUUGUGGGCAAUGUAUUAUUAAGUACGUAACGUACACUUUGCCAAACUACAACUUCAUAACCUGCCUUUUCCAUAAGGGAGUUACCUGAAAGGAGCCUUCAUGCUUAACAAACCUUACUGAUGACUUAACAGCAGAAAUUGCACUUAUGGAGAACUUGUGAAAGGGAAUAAAAACCUUUGUAACGUAAUAACAUGUUAGAACCUCUCAAAGUGUAUCGGCACAGACUGUACCACUAAACUAUAUUGCUCCAUGUGAAAAAGGGCCCGUUUCGGAAGUUGACUGCUGCCCCAUUGAUGCCUCUUAUUUUACAAUUUGUCACUAAACCUUCCUUCUCUCUAGCACAUUAACUACAGACUACUUACAGCUUGUAGGUUCUGCUCAUAACAUUUUGCUAAUUGUUUCUUUGUUUUGCAGCUUUGAAAUCCUGUGUUUCUGCAUCCACAACAUAACAGACAAAGAAUAGGAAAACCAUUUUAAUAUAAAUAAAAUACAAACUAAACUAAUUUCUAUUUUAGAAAAUUUCUGUGCUCUAAUGCUUGUUUAUGCCUGUUUUAGGAAUAUCUUCCUUUCACCCUGAAUGCUGUGUUUACUUUUAACUACUGUUUAUUGGUUUUCAGUGUGAUUCUGGAAUUGUGUGACAGCCUUGUAGAUGGAAAGGGUGCAAAUGCUUGUGAAUGGCUUUGUAAAAUUGGGGAAAUACCUGUCAUUGUUGGGGUUUGGUUCAUAAAAAGAGCUUAGUUGCCUGCUUGAAAGUAACUUGGAAGUCUUAAACCGCUUGUAGCUUCACCUUACGCAGCAUGUAACAAAAAUUUUUACUAGGUUUAUAUCCUCCCUAUUUGUACUAGUGUAUUGUUUGUUUCUGCUAGGUUUCAUCUGGGGGGCAGACUCAGUGUAUAUCUGGCUUUAUUGGCAUGGA